AUGGUCAUGGAGGUGGAUGAGCCAGCAGGUACCUCCAUGGACACUUCUGAGCCGCUUGAGCCAGCAAUUGAAUGGCGAUUUAGUCAGGUAAAAGGGAAUAUAGAAGGGGAUGACACCCAUACUGAAGCUGACGUCAUAUCGUGUGUGGAGUUUUCACAUGACGGUGAAUAUCUGGCCACAGGCGACAAAGGCGGUCGUGUCGUUAUUUUUCAAAGAGAUCAAAGUAAAUGUGGCUUCUGCAAGAAAAAGUUUGAAGUGAAUCAUGGCUAA